AAAAACAAUUGCGCAUGGAGAGAGAGUAAUUACAUCACCAGCAGCAGUCAUAAGAAGCCGUCAGUGAACGCGAGCACACAGACCGAGAGCGGGACCAUGGACAAAGUCUGCCCCAAACACACGAAAAAGAGGCUGAGCCGCAACAUUAAGAUGUUCGUCCUAUGCCAUGGCCUCCUGCAGCUGUCCCAGCUGCUGUACAGCGCCUACUUCAAGAGCACCAUUAGCACCAUCGAGAGACGCUACGGUCUCAGCAGCUACUCCUCAGGAACCAUUUCCUCCCUGCACGAGAUCAGUAACAGUGUGCUCAUCGUGUUCGUGAGCUACUUUGGAAAUCGGGUCCACCGUCCUCGCUUGAUUGGAAUCGGAGGAUUUCUGAUGGCUGUCAGCGCCUUGAUGCUGACCUUACCUCACUUUGUAUCCCAGCCCUACGCAUAUGACUCUGUUCUAAACAAUCGCCAUGACAUUUGUAACCUGCAGAGGAACUCCAGUGAAGAGUCCUGUGGGCGGGACGAGACCCGGCGCCUGGCCGACUCCAACAAGCUGUGGCUGCUGAUGGCCGGCGCCCAGCUGCUGUUCGGGGUGGGCUCCGUACCCAUCCAGCCCUUUGGGAUCUCCUACAUCGAUGACUUCGCCGGGCCCGGAAACUCCCCUCUUUACAUAGCAAUCCUGUUCGCAGUGUCUGUGUUCGGGCCUGCCAUUGGCUACCUGCUGGGCUCCGUCAUGUUGCGGAUCUAUGUGGACGUGGACAAGACUGGCUUUGGAGUAGAGCAGGAGCUGAGGCAGACGGACCCCCGCUGGGUGGGAGCCUGGUGGCUGGGCCUGCUCAUCGCCGCCGGCUUCCUCUUCCUCACCUCCAUCCCCUACUUCUUCUUCCCCCGGAGAAUGCCUUCAGAAGAUCAAGUAAGCCUUACUCAGAGAGAUGUGUGGAACAAAGAAGUCCUGUUUGAUGACUCAGCAUUCGUUGAAUGU